AACGCCUCGCAGCCCGGCCUGCCAGAUCUCACGGCCGAGACCGACUGGUCACCGUGCCCGACAGCUGAGGAGGACAAAAAGAGGACAGUGCACCUGAACGGUGUUCAGCCCCAGGCAGGAGAUGCGCGAGCCUGCUCGUCACGGGUGCAGUGCCAAGCCACCGAAUGUAACGAACAGACCCUUCAGAUCAACGUUUCGCCUAUGGAGGAGAACCAGCCUUGCCAGACGGCCGUCGCGGUGAGCGAGGAAUGCCAACAAAUCGUGCCUCACACGGAAGUUGUGGACUUGAAAGCGCAGCUUCAGAUGAUGGAAAAUUUGAUCAGCUCUAGUCAGGAAACCAUAAAAGUGUUGUUGGGUGUUAUACAGGAGCUAGAGAAAGGAGAAGCUCACAGAGAAGGGCUUUCAUAUCGGACUGGUCAAGACACGGCUAAUUGCGACACAUGCAGGAACAGUGCAUGUAUUAUCUAUAGUGUGGAAUUGGAUUUUAAGCAGCAAGAAGAUAAACUACAGCCAGUUUUGAGAAAACUUCAUCCUAUUGAGGAAACUCAGGUUGCACCUUUGCCUUAUUCUCAGGAGAGCUACUCCUCCACUCCCAAGCAAAAAUCCAAAACUGAAUCAAAAAAGCAUGGAAGAUGGAAACUCUGGUUCCUUUAA